AUGCACCGAACGCUUGUAGUGACUGCAACGUGCCUAGAAUGGUGCAUGCACAUACUCUACAAGCACAAUCACGACUGCCACGUUGGUAAUGCAGCUGUUGACUUUGACUGGCAGGAAGUGUACAGUGCGCUCACAUGUGUGGUUGGCUGCCGUUGCUUUUCGCUCUACCAUACGUUACCCCUUUCUACCGAACGUAGAUAUUCUAGCUUCUCGCCCUAUUCGCGCCACCAAGAAUGGUGGGACAAGGUGCAAAAUUCCCCCGCGUUUAGAGACUACUGGCUUCGCGAGCGCUUCGCUACUUUGGAAGCUGAAGUAACUGAGUCAGGCAACCGCAACGAGGAGGAGGAGUUGGUAGACGAGCAAUUAUUGGAAGACAUGGUUGAUGAAGAGUUGCAAGAAGAGCUUUACGUACUGGACGUAGACGAGGAUUUUGACGAGAUUCUGCAAGACUCUUCCGCCGAGCAGUUUCAAGGGCUGUUAGAUGGCAGGCAGUCGUAA